AUGGGAAUCUGUGGAGACGACGCCGGUGCCUGCAAGAAGUGCGGGUCCACCGCCUUGAUUCAGGACAACCUGAUCGGAUUAGUUUGUACCAAGUGUGGCGUGGUGCAAAAGAACGUGAACAUCGAUUUUGGCACGGACUGGCGGAUUUUCGAGAACACGCAGGACAAAAACACCCGGGCGGACGUGUUGGGGUCGAAAAACGACAUCAGUCAGCGGUUUGGCCUCACGAAGGAUGACUCCGGGAAGCAGAUUCGGGGGCUGUUAUCAAAUGUAAAAAUGUCUGGGUCUGGAAGAUUGCAACUUGUCAUGCUAAAUCUGCAGCAUGCAAAAAUCUGUGUUGCAUGAUUACCAAAAGUCGUCCAGUUUUGACCAAGUCGGGAGGUAGUUUCUCAUGCAGGAUAGGCAUUAGAAAGGUCUCGCAGAAUCUGUCAUGCUAGGUCCUGCAUUCCAGACCUCAUGGGUCAUGGAAAAGCAGCAUGACAAAUCGCGCACUCUUCCAGACCCAGACAUAUUUGCACUUGAUAGCUGUCCACCGCUACCCAAACCACCAUGGUGUCAAACGGUGGCACCAGCAACCGUAUGAAAUGCAAAAGUGUCUGGGUCUGGAAGAAUGCAACUUGUGCUGCUGUAUUUGGAUUCCAAAAAAAUCUGUAUUGCAUGAGUAGCAAACGGAAUGCAAUUUUUGCUACGCUGAGAAGGCAUGUGUCAUGCGGAAUAGGCAUCAAGAAGCCCUCAAAAAAUCUGUAUUGCUACGGUAUGCAUUACAGACGUCAUGGUUCAUGCAAAACGUGCAUGACAAGUGUCAGAAUCUUCCAGACCCAGACAUUUUUAUAGUUGAUAAACCGCUCGCAGCUGUUUUUUCUCGACCGGAUGAAAGUGCUCAAUUCGCACGCGAUACGGGAGAACCGGGGUCGUGGGGGUGGUGGUGGUCUGUUUCCGCGGGGUGGAAUGAAUAUGGGCAGUACUGGCAGAGGAGUUGGUGUUGGUAGCUCAUCUUCUUCUUCUAGGCCUUCUACUGUGCCGCGAUCGGGCGGUGCGACGUUCGGUGGACCGAGUACUUCUUCUAACAGGGCCAAUCGAUUGAAUUCGGCGCAACAUCAAAAUGAGGAAUUUGCCUUGAUGCAGAAAGCGGUUGCUCAAGCAGAUGACAAAGAAGAACAGCCAACUAUUCAGAGGGAGCCGUCAAAUAAACUUUUGUCUCCGAACGUUUUGGACGACGAUGAAACAGACUGGGAAAAGGUUUUCAAGUCGGACGAAGGAAAACAUCAACCAGGCGAACAAAUAUCAACCGAUGCUGCGACCAUUGACGCGGCCAAAAGUUCCAGUAGAGACAGUGCAAAAAUGCCUGACAGGAGCACCUCCUCCGUCGUGCAGCAGGAACAGAGGGAAUUGACCCUCGAAGAAAUUUUCUUCGGUGACGAGGAGGAGUUGCAGCAGGCACAAGGGCCGCCGAAGAGCCCGAAGACAGCUGCGAGGGAAAAAACGCAACGGGUGAUGGAAGAAUAUGAGGAAAUAGCACAAAACGAACCAGGUUUUUUUGGCCCCGACAAUAAUGUUCACACUGAACAAAACAACGACAACACCUCAACGCGCGGCCCAUUACUGAGCGUGAACAAGCUGCAGCGGCUGGAAAAAUUGUCUAAGAAUUACAACUUCUCGGGCCGGGCGAUGCAGCUGGCGAGCGUGUUUUUGCAGAAGAUGAACCACACGCCGCUAAAGGCCAGGCAAAGCCCCCCACGGCUGACCGACUGCUUUUUACUUGCAAUUCUGCACAUAAUGGCCCAGUUUGAGGGGGAGGGCUAUUCGUGUCGGGAGCUGGCGCGCAAGAUGCUCGAGGAGGAACGGAAAAGGAAAGAUGUUGUGGUCGGCCGAGGUGCUGACACUGCAAAGGGUUCAUUUUUGCCAGCAGAUCGCACGACAUCUUCUUCACACGGUCUACAACUUGACGAUGAUGAUGACAUAGAAGACUUUGUGGCGGAAACAUUGGAUUUGGAAGACGACUUGUUCGUCGAGGACAACAACACCGAGGCUCUUCUGCUACCAAACAAACUCAAACGUCCAAAUGUUCAUCUACUUGGCGAAGACGACCACCACAGCAGCAGUGGUCUUCAACUACUAGAGGAGAAAUCUGAGAUUUCUACUACCUCCUCCGGCGGCAAGCGCGAAGUGAACACCG